GAGGGGAAGCAUCUCCCAGUAAUCACAAAAUUUAUUUUUCUUUAACCUGGAAAAAGAGAAAACAAGGAAGAAAUCCCUCCAAUUUUUCUGCAGAGCAUGCAGCCAGCAUGGAGAAGUCCUCCAAUCACCCACCAAGAUCCAGAAUGACGGCCAGGAAGGAGAGGGUCAGGGGAGCCUCAGAGGCUCCGAGGAGGAAGCCGAAGGUGGAGCAGCUCUCUGAAGCAUCAUCGGUGAGGAAAGAGAAGCUGGGGACGCAUGUGGGGAAGAUGGAGCAAGAGACAGACGUGAAGUUGAAAUCAACGGUGGUGGAUAUAGACAGUGUGAGAGAUAAUGAAGUCAAGGAUGAGAAUGUGGGGCUCCUGGAAGCAGCAGAGCAGGAUGACAGUCUGAAGCAUAAGAAGCUGGGAGUCUGUGAGUGGCUGCUGAUGGUCUUCGUCUUGGCUCUGGUUCUCCUCUUCUUCCCUCUUUCCAUCUGGUUCUGUGUCAAAGUAGUGAGGGAACACGAAAGAGCUGUGAUCUUCAGACUGGGUCACCUACUGCGUGGAAAACCCAGAGGUCCAGGCCUUUUUUUCCACCUCCCACUUCUCGACGUGUGUCACAAAGUUGACAUCCGACUGAAGAUGUUGAAGGUUCCUCCUCACGUGGUGGUGACGAAGGACUUGGUGAGGCCGGAGCUGAGCGCGGUGUGUUAUUACCAGAUAGAGAACGUGGCACUGUGCAGCUCAGCUGUGUCCAGUCUGACCGCAGUGCUGCAGAGUCUGGUCCAGGCAGCCGUCAGAGACGUCCUGGCCCAGCAAACAUUCAGCCACGUCCUGCUGCACAGGCGGAAGAUCGGGGAGCAGAUACAAGCAACGGUCGACUCCUUCGCUUGUCGCUGGGGCGUCAGGGUGGAGAGGGCAGACAUAGACGAGCUCAGUUUUCCUGUGGAGCUGCAGCAGAGCCUGGCUGCCGCUGCCGAGGCCAAGAGACAGCAGCAGAUCAAAGUGAAAGCAGCAGAAAGUGAGGUGGCUGCCUGGGAUGGAUUUCGGGCUUCCCUCCGUCACCUUCAACCUGCCUUGGUCCUGCCUUUCCCUCCGAGCCUCAACUCCGACGUGUCACCCCUACCUCCCCCUCCUCCCCCGUGCGUGGAGGGGGAGGGCGGGGUGUCACCUGAGGAGCCAGACACAGACUCGCCAAUGAUGUGAAGCUUUAUUCAUGUUAAACUCAGGUGAACUCUUCACACUACUGACUUUAGAGUUUCUGCUGUAUUUAAACUGAUGAUUAUGUGUAGAAAAGAAAGGCAAACACAACAUAAAGGAACCUCAAAUGUGUCCUUUAAUGUCUUGUUAACUGCAAAUAAUCAAACUGUAAAAUGUGCAAUCAAAUCUGAGUUCAGCCUGAUUGGUCAGUGCAACAAAGGAGUGUUACUUCAUGCAACAGGAAACACACAAAUCUUUAUUUCCAGAAGGAUGCAGAAAUAAAUGUGCCUUCAUCCACACUUCAAACACAUAUCAUAGGAUUAAACUAAGCCACAGCAAGCCUCUAAAUGACAUCAUGCUCAAGUGCUAUUUGUCUUCUUCAUGUAGU